AAAUGCGCGCAAUUACAAACAAACCUGCCAGUUCUCCUCGGCGAUGAAUUCACGCUUUAAAAGAACUCCUCGGCGCCCACUUCCAGAGCUACAACCCAAAAGAAAAGAAAAGAAAAGAAAAGAAGCAAAAGCAAGCAAAGCAAAAGCACGAUCUCAGCUCCAUCACCGAUAGGAAAAGAGAAAGAGAACCUCUCCUCCUUCUCCUUCUCUCUUCUUCUCUCUCUCUCUCUUGCUCUAUGUAUAUCUCUAUCUCUCUCAUAUGAUAGCUCCCAAUGAGACACCAAUCUCUUUUUUUUUAGCAGUAGGGCAGACAAUGGCGAGAAAACAGAGACCAAAGGGGAAAACCGGACCUUUUGCUUUUGUUUUUAAGAGACAUGCUAGGUUCGCUGAAUUGGAAAACACACCCUCUGAUUUCUAGGCCGAAGAAGUCAUCUUUUUUCUUGGGAUUUUGAAGGUUAUUCAUGGCGGAAGUGGGGGUUGGUGGUGGGGCGAAGGUCAGAGUUGUGAAAUGCCCCAAAUGUGAGAAGCUGCUCCCGGAGUUGGCGAAUUUCACGGUUUAUAAAUGUGGUGGAUGUAAUGCUACUCUUCAAGCCAAAAAACCAGCUGCAGUAAUGGGAGCUCCGUUAGGACAACCUGAUGGAGAAAAGGCGAAAAUGCCUGAAAAUUUGAAGAGUUCUUCCAAUAAGAUGGUGGCCUCUGAGGUGAUCUCCGAUACUGAUUUUGAGGUUAAUAGUUCUGGUUGUUUGAUGGAAAAUGGGUCGAAUGAAGUAGCAGAAUCUAACACUAAAGGAAGUCAGACCAGGAAGGUUUUGAAUGAACCUCAGAGUCCUGAUAGAAGAAUUGGAAAUAAGGUGGUCUUGGAUGGGGUUGACAGUAAAGUUGGUAGAUAUCGGCACCCUUCUAAAGCUCUCGUCAGAGACAUAAGCCCGAAUGCUGCUGAAAUGCCCAAAACAAAUGCUGGAGACGACUUGCGAUUUAAUGAACAAAAUGAGUUCCCCAAUGUGCAGCAAGAAGUCCCGCGAGCUCCUAAAGCCUGGAAGGGUGAGGAGAGGGGAAGUCUUCCAUCUUACCGUGGAGCAUUGAGGGUCUCCGCAGAAGGCAUUGGUCUCGGUCCUUACCCUGAUGAAGGUCCAUCCAAUUACCAUAUGAAACAGAAUGCUGGUGGACUGAAUAGAGUACAGAAUCUGGACCAAGACCGAGCGGAGCUUCUGCAAAAGCUUGAUGAACUGAGGGACCGGUUGAGACGAUCUUGUGAGGUUACAGACACUAACAGAGACAGGACUCCGACACAUAAAAGGGCAGUGUCUUCAAAUCCUUAUGGAAAUCAUGGUCAGAAUGCUUGGUUCUCUGAUGGCUCAUCAUCUCUGAAUCGGGCUUCUUCUCGCCAUGAUCCUUUCCUUAAUGAGCACAUUGUGGAUAUGGCAAAUGCUUAUCCUGCAACGCAGAGCAGUUUUCCGGGAUACAGAGAGCCAUUUGGUUCUCAAUCACUUAGAAUGCCUGCUUUUCACCGCAAUGUUCAGCAUCCACAAGGAUCAUAUAAUGGUUACCCUUUUGGUCAGCUGGAUCGGGAUCCGGUUUUUUCUUAUAAUUAUGAUGGUAUGUACCAUCAGCCUGCAUGUUCAUGUCAGCAUUGCAAUAGACACUGCCCGGUACCAGCGCAAGCGCCACCGACCAUUUUUGGCAGUCGAAGGGCUCCGUAUAUCGCACACAACAACGGAUUUUAUCCUGUAGAAGAUCAUUUGCAUUUUGGUCAGCGAAGUUAUAAUCACAGGCUGGCAAGUGCUUCUCUUAAUUCCCACGGGCCACUGAGAAACAAGAGGCCCGUAUUUAAUAAGGAUGGUCGUUCCUGUCGGCCUGUAGCCGGUGCUGCUCCAUUUGUUGUCUGCUGUAAUUGUUCAAAAGUGCUUGAGCUACCAUCAAGAUUGUUGCUGGUUAAGAAGAAAAAGUUCAAGCUGCAAUGUGGGUCAUGCUCCCAGGUGAUCUCAGUCGAACUUGAUGGAAAAAAGCUCACUACAUCAGUUGUCAUUGAAGAUAAUGGUCCUACUGGUGGAAUGAAAGAGAAUUUGCCCUGCUGUGAUAAUCUUAAUCAGUAUCCUGGCAUGCUGUACUCCGGAGAUUAUGAUAGUCCUGGCUAUGAAGUUGGAUCCAGUGAUGACAAGCUCGUUUUACCCUCCUUUCCAAACUCUAGCCCUGAAAUGCUAGAGAAGGAAUGUGGAUUCAAUUUAAGUGAGUCGGAGAAAAUGCAAGGACUAUCAUCAUCUUCCAGCACAACUGAGGAUGUUGAGAGCUCAGAUAGCUUGAUUUGUCAGCAAGACAUGCCCAGCUCCACUGAACUUCCUGUAGAAGUUGAAUUGCCUGCGCAUGUCCCUGGCUUACCACUCCGAGAGCAUUUCGCACACCCGUUAUCUAGCCAUGUAAUGAAUGGACCUGGAAAGGGAAGCAGGAGCCGGCGCUCUGAUCAGGAAAAGACUGUACCAGUACAUGGUAAUUUCAAGCAGAACUCUGUAAAAGAUGUACCUGUGGCUGCUGAGAUGGAUUUGUCAGUUGAUGACGGUCCAAAUCCUGGUAUUUCCCAUGACACUUGGGAAGUUGGCAGAUAUGAAAAUCAACCCAAAGCUGGCAAAGGUAGUGACUCAUUUUUAGCUGGACUUAUAAAGAAGAGCUUUAAAAAAGACUUCCGGUUUAAUCAAUCAGAGGAGAAUAGCAAAUCAAAGGUUUCAGUUAAUGGCCAUCCUAUUUCUGAUCGGCUAGUCAAAAAGGCUGAGAAGCAAGCUGGGUCAAUCCAAACUGGAGACUAUUGGUAUGACUACCGUGCUGGAUUCUGGGGCGUUAUCGGGCAUCAAUGCCUUGGCAUAAUUCCUCCUUUCAUCGAGGAAUUUAAUUAUCCUAUGUCUAGAUCUUGCUCUAGUGGGAAUACUGGUGUUAUUGUAAAUGGGAGAGAGCUUCAUCAAAAGGAUUUGGAUUUGCUCGUUGGAAGAGGCCUUCCACCCACUGAAGGUGGUUCUUAUAUUGUUGAAAUCUCCGGUAAAGUAUGGGAUGAAGCCACCGGAGAAGAGCUUGAUUGUCUUGGAAAGCUUGCCCCAACAGUUGAGAGAGUAAAGCAUGGAUUUGGAAUGCGAGUUCCAAGAGCCACUACAUGAUUUGUUCUAGUAAUGACACAUUAGAAGGCUUCUUAGUUGUGUGGUCAGAGAGGUUGCUCUGCUGGUCUUAACUAUUUCAGUGUCUAUUGGAUAUUUUGUAACUGAUUCCAUGUAUGUGUUCAUUUUGUGGAGAAUGCUUUUGUUGUCAGGAAUAUAUCAGAUUUCAUCUGGAAAAAAUGUAUCAUUUUUCUAUGAGAUAUUAUUAAACUGAGCUCGACCUCGAAUUAAUUUUGAUUCAAACUCGA